AUGCCAGAAACCACCUUUCAGUUCCAAGACGCCCUUUCCAAGCUACCGAUCCCUGAUUUGCCCUACACCUGUGCCAAAUACUUGGAAAUCCUCCAGCCGUUGCAGACAGAACGCGAGCACGCCCAAACACAGAUAGCCGUGAAAGACUUUCUUAACAACCCUCUUAGUAAGAAAUUAGACCAACAACUACGAGAGUAUUCCCGGCGUCGUGCCUCUUAUAUCGAGGACUUUUGGUACGAGUCAUAUCUCAACUACGACUCCCCUGUGGUGCUUAAUUUGAAUCCGUUCUUCCUCAUCGAAGAUGACCCAAACCCUAUCCGCCCAUCUCAAGUGAAAAGAGCCGCAUCAAUCACGAUUUCUGCCCUUAGAUUUGUUAGAGCCAUUCGUCGUAAUGAAUUAGUCCCAGAUAAAAUCCGUGGACAACCUUUGGAUAUGUAUCAAUACACAAAGCUCUUUGGUUCUGCCAGAGUGCCGACCCUCAAUGGUUGCGUUAUGCAAACAGAUUCCGAAUCUCGACACUUAGUAGUGGUAUGUCGGUCGCAAUUUUACUGGUUCAAUGUAUUGGAUAAUAAUGAUGACUUGUUGCUUGAUCAGGAGGCUUUGCUUGCCAAUUUCAAAGCCAUUGUUCGUGACUCUCAGAAAUCGGCGGUCACCGACAUUGCCAAAUCUUCAUUUGGCUUAUUGACCACCGAGAACCGUCGAGUUUGGGCAAAAAUCCGUCAAAAAAUGACCAACAGUAUCAAUAACGACAUUCUCAAAAUCAUUGACAGUGCCCUCUUUGUUGUAUGCCUUGACGACGUGGAAAUUGAAUCCCAAGAAGAAUUAUCUAUUAAUUUCUUAUGUGGACUCUCCAAUAUUGAAAAUGGGGUACAAAUCGGCACUUGCACCAAUCGUUGGUAUGACAAGCUUCAAAUAAUUAUCACCAAAAAUUCGAAAGUCGGGAUCAAUUUUGAACAUACUGGGGUUGAUGGCCACACGGUAUUGCGGUUUGUGUCAGAUAUUUAUACUGAUUCCAUUCUUUCAUUUGCUAAAUCCAUCAAUGCCAGCGCUCCUUCUAUUUGGAAUAACUCUUCCCCGGAAAUGAGUUCUACUAAUGAUCGCUCGAAUAUAACACCAACAAAACUCAAUUGGGACUUAUCCCCCGAUCUUUCUUUGUCGUUACGUUUUGCAGAAACCAGACUCUCUGAUCUCAUCCAACAAACUGAGUUUGCAGUGCUUGAGUUCAAAGGUUAUGGAUCCAACAUGAUCAAGAAAUUUGGAUGUUCCCCAGAUGCAUUUGUGCAAAUGAGUUUCCAGGCCACUUAUUAUGCUCUUUAUGGGAAAGUUGAGUGCACUUAUGAACCAGCAAUGACGAAAAAAUUCUUUCACGGCCGUACUGAAGCUAUCAGAACGGUUUCUAAUGAAUCUAACUUGUAUGUUCGAAAGUUUUUCGAGAACAUUCCAGCAAUUACAAAGUUAAGCUUACUCAGAGCAGCAUGCCAGAAACAUAGUGCAAGAACUAAGGACUCGUCUAAUGGCCUUGGAGUGGACCGUCAUUUAUAUGCCUUGUUUUGUAUUUGGAAAAAAUGGGCUAACUCAAGUGAUUCAGAAGAAGAGCUGAUCAAUGAUGACGAUUCCGAUACCACCGUUCACCUGAAUCAUGAAGAUGAUGAAUUUUCUGCUUAUUCCAAAGAAUUACCAUCGAUAUUUGCAAAUUCCGGCUGGGACAAACUCAAUAACUCGGUGAUUUCUACCUCCAAUUGUGGAAAUCCAUCUCUACGUCUUUUUGGUUUUGGCCCGGUUACUCAAAAUGGAUUUGGGUUGGCAUAUAUCAUAAAGGAGGAAUCAGUUACUAUUGUUGCCUGUUCCAAGCAUAGACAAACCAGAAGAUUUGUGAAUACUUUGAAUUCCUAUUUUGUCGAGGUGAGUAAUUUAUACAGGGAGACUCAGACUCAAGGAGUUAUGGUUGACAAUAUUCCAGAACAUCAAUUUGAUGAAAGAAAUAACCGGUUUAAAUCUUUACAAAACUCCAUUAGCGUGAAGAAAGACCAGCAAGUAAAUAAUCCUUCUGCUGGGAAUUCUUCUGUCGCCCUCAAUUAUUUAUUAGGCGGAUAUGGAUACUUUGAUGUUGGCGAAGAUGAAAUUAAGCUGAGAGAUCAAAGUCCAGAACCUCCUUUCAAGACUGAAGGCAAAGAGAUUAAAAUAUUUCGGGCCAAGAAAAUCGAGAAGAAGUUAAAAUUGGCUGAAUAUUGA